GCUGGCGCGACCAUCGACGUGAACGACCUUGUGAAGUGCCAGCCGGUCAUGGCCACCAACAGGCGCGCCCUGUCCAUCACAGAGGCCGAGGGCGACGCGAGGUCCCGCCGCGAAGGCAUCGACCGCAAGGCGGCCCUGGCGCCCGAGGACAGGAAGCGCCUCGACAAGAACGUGGCGCAGCACUACAGCUUCCAGUGGCCUCAGACGAUGCUGGUAGACGAUGCGACCAUGGGGCGCCUCAUGAAAAUGUUCACCAAGAAGACUCAUGUGAAGCCAUUGGGGGGGCUCAUUCAGUUGGUCCGCUGGCACAUGCUGCUCAUGGCGGGCUACGCGCGCGCUGCGGGCCCCGACCGGGGGAAAAUCAGCCUCGCGACGCUCCUACACUGCCGCGAUUGGGUCAUGAAGAAGGCUUGCGACGGCGACUGCGCCCGCGAGAAGAUCAAGCGCUUGAUCGACGCGGACUUCGAGAUGAGGGCCAACUGGACGCUCGGGAACAGCGCCGAGGAGCAUCCGACGCUCGCGGCAGCUAUCCAACACCACGGGCACGAGAGCGCCUACCUCUUCCAGGAUGUCAGCAAGACGACCAACACCCACGGACAUUAUGAGCGGAGCGAGGACAACAACCAGAGCCGCGCCAGCUCGGCCAAGGGCUACCAGAACAACCAACCGUGCCAGAGCCGCGGCCGGAGCCGCAGCCAGCGGGCAGAGACGGGCGACAAACCCUUCAUGCCCCAGAAGAAAACACCUAGCGGGGCCGAGAUUUGCGCGUUCUACAACAAG